AUGGCCACCUCGAGGCAUGUGCCCUCCACGUCCGGGCGUCUGCACAAACGCUCUCGCUCCGCCUCAUCGCAGAGGAGUGCCCUGAGUCCGGUGCCUGAUAUGGGCAGCUUCUCCUUCAGUCGCACCGAGACGCCCCAGGUCAUCGAGGAAGCCGCCUGGACGGAGCAGCCACAACGUCCAAUGCCGUCUGCCAUGCCCACCCAGAAGAUCAAGCCCUUCCUGCGCCAGAAGCUCUCCCACAGAGAGAGCAGCGGCCUGGACCUCUCACGACCGGCUGCAGAGAACGACCUUGCUGGCCUCGGCAUCUCCGAGUACGAUGGCUAUUCACCCUCCAUCACCGAUGUCACCUUCACCUCUGUCAACGGCCGCAAUCGCCACGCCCGCUCCACGUCCAACACGUCGCAGUUCUCCACUUCCUCGGGCGGUCUGACGCGACCAACACCUUUGCCCCCAAUCCGCCAGGCACCCCAACCCUACUCACCGCCCAUGCCCAGGUCCUCCCCGCCCUCGGUGCUGGAAAGUGAGUACGAGAACGGCGACAUCAUGUCCGAUGACGAGCUUCGUUCGAGGCAAAAUGCGUUUGAUCCCUCUCGUCGAUCCGGUUCCAUCUCCUCAUCUACCCAGGGUGCACCCCUGCGCCUUCAUUCCAACAACUCGUCCACACGACUCGCUGGCAGCUACUCGCAAUCCUCGGUAUCCUUGACAUCGCCUGUAGGGAUCGCACGGUCAAGGGGAGACACGUUGAAGUCUAUCGACACCACCACGUCUCCAAGUUCACGCACGUCCUUUGAUCGAACCUACAAAUUCAUUAGUGGCGGUCGUGAUUCGCCCAUCGAUGCUGCCUCCCGAGCUGCCUCCAUUCGAGCGGCGCGACAGAAGUUUGAGGAAGAGCAGCGAGCCAAAGAGCGCAAAUAUGAAAAGGAAGCGUACAAGCAGCUGGAACGCGACCAUCGCAAGCAAUUGAAGAAAGAGGACCAUCAGAGACGUCAGUCCGAAACGCACGAUCGAGCUGAUUACAUGCGCUCCCGCACUAUUUCCGACCCCGAGAACGAAAAGGUCUCGCGACCCUCUAUCAGCGGUCGGCCCUCGGUAGGUGGCCGUCAGUACUCCGACCACCGCGAGGCCCACAGCAACUCUCUGCCCAAGUAUGUGACGACCAUUGACCCCGAGAAGCAGACGGGUCUGGUGCCCGAGGUCACUAGGAGCCGCGCCGUCAAGGGAAGAUGGCUGAGGUUCGUCACUUGGCUCAAGACGAGGCUGCUACGUCUGUCGGGGGGCUGA